CAAUAUUUAAUGUGUUACCUACCAAUUUGGGUAAAAACUCAAUUAAAGAAGCAGAAUUUGAAUUAAAGACUUUUAUGGAAAGUGGAAAUUUUGAUAAAACUCUAGAAAAAAAUGUAGAAAUAUUUGAACCAUAUCCAGUACAAAAUGUUUUUGAACAAUUUCGUAUAAAAUGUAAAUAUUAUAGUACAUUAAGUGAACAAAGUUUUUCUAUCAAUGAUCGUGAUCCCAUCACAGUGCCUGGUUUGCAUAAUUGUGAGGGGGUCUAUAUUUCACCAAGUUUGGCAAUCUUUAUGACGGCUGUGUUAGAAUAUGUUGGUGAACAUAUCUUAAUACUAGUGGCUAAGGCUUUGAAGCAACAAGGCGAUGCAACUGUGGCGAAAGCCAAUGACGUUUAUUUGGCAUUGACAGAUAAUCAAAUUUUAACCUUAUUUCAACGGACUAACUUAAAAGAAAAAAUGGAGGCAUGUGGUGAUAAUAUGUUUCGAUCACCAGAAGUCAUCUCCCCUAGCAGUCUAACUAAAGGUGAUAAUGCUAUGUUCCAAUCACCAGAAGUAAUCUCACCUAGUAGUCCAACUAAGAGUGGAGAUAUUAUGUCACGAUCACCAGAAGUUAUUUCACCUGGUAGUCCAAUUAAACAAGGCUUCUAUAAUGAAGUGGGUAUAGUAGGAUCACGAAAAACUUCCAUCGAUGACGUUGUAUGGAGUAAGAGUCCUACUUCUCCGAAUAAAAUAAUUAAUGAUAAUAGUUAUGGAAGGAUAAGUUUAGAAUCAAGGAAUUCAGAAAAGAAUAAAUUUAAUGAUCGAGAUAUUAAAAAGCCUCGGAAAUUCGAACCUCGUGAACCAGUAGCUCGCGAACGAUUAAUUCCACCUAAAUCACAAAAUAACGAAGAGGAGGAUGAUGAUGAUUUUGAGGAAUUUUUAGGCGGAAAGAAAAAACCUAAAGAAAGUUUAUUCGAGUUUUUGAAAAAUACAGAUCCAGAUGAUAUUUUUAAUAAGUCAACGGGAAAACUUAAACGAAAGGAUUCGAAAGUUGAUCUUCUUCAAAAACGAUUAUUUAACAAUAAAUCUGGUUCGGUUCUCGAACGUGCUACAUCUAGUCCGACCAAUAGUAGUCCGACCAAUAGUGUCAGGCCUCGUCAUAUUCCUCUUAUCCCUUCUGGAAGAUUGUCAGCAUCGAACAUUACUAUACCAUCAAAUAAUACUAAAACACUGCAUCACAGCAAAUCCUUAGAUCAAUUAAGUACUGCUUAUCGUAAUAGAUCAAUAGCAAACAAAAAUAUAGAUAAACUUUAUAAUAGGCCAAAAUCAAAAACCGACUCAUUAGAUUUUGACGAAGAUGACUAUGAUAUUGUAAAUUUUGAAAAACCUCCUAGACGAUUUGAUACUCAAGAUUUGAUUGAUUUCUUAAACACAUCAUCACCACCAAAUGAUACAUUC